GCACUACUUCUGACUCCUUCGAAUCCAUAUCUGAUACAUCAUAUAUGGUGAUAAGCCCAAGUACAUGAAGUAAACCUAGCGGUUAGCGAAAGUGCUAUCAACCAUGUCUUUACCGCCUCUGGACAGGUACGUGGCGAUGGACUGCGAGAUGGUAGGUGUCAGAGGAGGACAAGCGCUUGCAAAAGUUGGAAUUGUGGAUCAUACGGGCUCGAUAUUACUCGAUUCCUACGUGUUCGUCCACCCUCAGAAUGUCAUUGACUGGAGGACUAAAACAAGCGGCAUCAAACUUGGAGAUCUGGACGGAGCUCCCACCUUCGGGAAAAUUAGGACCGUGGUGAAGGGUAUAGUGCAGGACAAGAUCAUUGUCGGCCAUGCCUUAUUCAACGAUUUAGCGGCGGUACAGCAUCGACAUACGUAUGAAGACACCAGAGAUACUUCCAUGUACAUACCUUUUCGAAAACUCAUGGGAGUGGAAAAUGAAGGUAUUCUUCCCUCGCUUAAGAAAUUGGCACAAAAAGUGCUCGGGGUGGAAAUCCAACAGGACGUCCAUUGUCCGAUAGAAGACGCUCGAACGACCUUGAACUUAUUCCUCACCAUCAGAGAGGAAUGUGAGAAAAGUAUCUUAGCUGGAGAGGACAUAUGGUCAGGAGUUCCCGCAUCAUAUGAGAGAUGGUAUUGGUGAAAAGAAGUAAAAGGAAAAUAAAUACCCUGCAUCGUCGAUAGUCGCUACCCUGUCAAUUCAUCACCUGUUCCAUGCAUCAUCAAUUUACGCCCGA